AUGUCUUCAUCCAGCACGAGGUCCACGUCGUCUUCAUCCAGCACUAGGUCUUCAUCCACCCAAUCCCCGACUUCAAGCACGAAUACUCCCACGUCGACGACUACCUCGUCUGGAACCACUGCGACCCUUCCAUCUAGUUUCAGAUGGAGCUCCAGUGGUGCCCUCGUAAGCCCGAAAAACGACUCGCGCAACAUCAAGGGUAUCAAGGACCCUUCCAUCGUUUACUAUGGUGGCAAGUACCAUGUGUUUGCCAGCACGGCCGUUGCCUCCGGCUACAAUCUCGUCUACUUCAGCUUUAGCGACUUCAGCCAGGCCAACUCGGCCACAUUCUACUACCUCGACCAGACUCCCAUCGGUUCUGGUUACCGCGCGGCUCCCCAGGUCUUCUUCUUCGCACCCCAGAACAAGUGGUACCUCGUUUAUCAGAACGGUAAUGCUGCAUAUUCGACCAACUCGGACAUCAGCAAUCCAUCUGGCUGGACUGCAGGCAAGAACUUCUACAGUGGCACCCCAAGCAUCAUCACUCAGAACAUUGGCAAUGGCUACUGGGUAGACAUGUGGGUCAUUUGCGAUUCUGCAAACUGCUACCUGUUCUCGUCCGACGACAAUGGACAUCUGUACCGCUCGCAGACUACAUUGGCCAACUUCCCCAAUGGUAUGGGCAACACCGUUAUUGCUCUGUCGGCACCAAACAAAAACGAUCUGUUCGAGGCAUCCAACGUCUACAAAGUCGGAAACCAAUACUUGCUCAUUGUCGAGUGCAUCGGCAGCAAUGGUCGCUACUUCCGCUCGUGGAAGUCCUCCAGUCUUACUGGCUCGUGGACCACGCUCGCAGCCACCGAAUCUACUCCAUUCGCUGGCAAGAACAAUGUGGACUUCCCUGGUGGUCGCUGGACCAACGACAUUUCACACGGUGAAGCGAUCCGUGACCAAGUCGACCAGACCAUGAGCCUUAAUGGCUGUGGUAUGCGCUACCUCUACCAGGGUCUUGCACCUGGAUCGAGUGGUGAUUACAACUCUCUCCCCUGGCGCCUCGGUCUCCUUACACAGACCAACUGCUGA